AUGGCGCCUGCAAUCCUCGACCGUAAUGGACAUGUGGUGCAAGACGCGAAUCUGGAACUUGGGCGGCAUUUUGCGAAGGAUGAACGCGGCGAGCUCUGCGUCAACACGGCAGAACUUGAGACAGCCAGAUGUACCACUUCCACGAAUAUCAAUGGCGAGGAGAUGGUCACCUUCGCAAGCCUUUCCAAAGCUUUUGGAUCCCUGAAGACGAAAAGAGCACCAGGACCUUCUGGAAUACCACCUGAAGCCUUUGCUGGUGCCGCAAGGGAAGCUGCGGUGCAAUACCAUCCACUGGCUGUCAAAAUGGCGGUAAGGGCACAGUGCCCGACAGCUUGGAGAGGCGGACAAACAGCUGUCAUUCCAAAACCCAACAAACCACCCCAAGACCUCGCUGGCUGGCGCGCAAUCCUUUUACAGGAGUCGGCGGCAAAAGGGAUCGCCAGCUCAACUCGCGACAGCUUGAUUCAAGGAUACCGACAACGAAUGCAGCCUGGGCAAGGUGGAAGUGUGCCUGACUUCCCCCUUCAUGUUCCGAUUCUUCAAGUCAAAAGCUUCCUUCGAGAUCUUCGGGACAGACAUGCCAGCGGAGGAUUUGCUUUCUUAGACGGCAAAGCGGCUUUCUAUGCCACGAUCCGGCAAUUUUUCACCGGAAAUGAAAAAGAAUGCCCAGCACAGCAGAUCCAGUCCCUGGCAGAAACCCUUUUCGAAGACCAACAUGAUCAGGUGCAAUUCCUCGCAACGGCAAUGGGACCUGGAUUGCUUGCCGCAGCCCAAGUUCCUCUACCAGUACGACGAAUGGUUCUGGCCACCAUGGAUCGUACCUGGUUUUCCAUUGGGCCUAAUGGUCAACAUAUCUUCCAGACGAAGACAGGAACGAUGCCAGGAGCUCCGCUAGCCGAUUUGCUUUUUCAAUACACCUUCUCAAUCUUCAUGGAAAAGCUACAGUCGCAGCUACAACAACAUGGACUCGAUGUGCAGCUUCCUCCAGCAUACAACUGCACAUCAGUGGCACCUACACCGAGUUGGAUGGAUGAUGUCGCAAUACCGGUGAAGGCGGACAGAGCAGAUGACCUGGUUGACAAUGCCACCAAAACCCUUUCCUUGGCUUCCAAAUGCCUCAAAGAAAUUGGCAUUCGCUUGAACUGGGCUCGUGGCAAGACGGAGCUCGUGCUGGCUUUUAGAGGAGAGGGAAGCAAAAAGGCCAAGACAAAGUGGCUGUGUGAACAUGAUUCAAAAUGCUGGGUCGAAGUUGCAGGAGAAAAUCCACAAGAAGUGCACAUCACGGACAAGUACCUUCAUCUUGGUGCCAUGGCCAGUUGGGAAGGGAGCGAUGUGCACGAUCUGAAAUACAGGAGAGGCCUAGCCAGACAGGCCUUUCAGGCUUACAAGCGACUCCUGCACAAUGAGCAUCUCACUGCAAAAGAAAAACUGGAGCUGCUUGAUGCCCUCGUAUUGUCACGGAUGAUGUAUGCAGCUGGAACUUGGGAGAUGCAUCAACAUCAGAUGGCACAGUUAUAUCAGGCUUCGGUGAUGGAAUUCUACAGACGAGUCUUUCGGCCUAUCACUGGAUUCUCAUCGCGAAGUCUGACCGACAGCCAGAUCUGCAAUUGUUUGGGCGUCCUGUCUCCGGAAGAGCUUCGGACUCACGACAUAGUCCAACGCUUGGCAUGGGUCAAACAACAAGGAGGCAGCUUCCUCAACAGCCUCGUGGGACAAGGAAAAUGGGGAAAAGAAGCACACGAUGCUGAAAAAUUCCCUCCUGCCAACGACUGA